AUGGCGGGGCUGCAGCGGUCCAGCGGCACGUUCCGGCGGUCGGGGUCGUCGGGGAUGGUGUGGGACGGCGACAGCCACCUGUCCGGGGAGAUCAAGCCCGUGCGGGUCGAGCGGAGCCGCUCCACGGGCCACGCCGGGUACAGGGCGUCCGCCGGCCGCGUCUCGCCGGCGCUCGACCCGCCCUCGCCCCGCGUCGCCGUCUGCGGCUUCUGCGCCUGCUUCCGCGGCGGCAAGUCAAAGGCGGCCAAGAAGAGCAACGGCGGCAAGGCAAAGGCGGCCAAGCCCAAGGCUCGAACGGCCGCCGGUUCACCACCGAGACCGAAGGCGAGGCGAGCCAGUGGCUGA